AGAACCCUUGUAUUAACAAAAUAAUGUAAAAUGAAAGUUUAAAGAGGAACAUAAACCCUUUGUAAAACCCUAACAAGUGACCUCAAAUUUUUUCCCAAGGUACUCUCCGUGUUCUGGUACCUCCAAUCCUGGUGUGUGUCGUGUGGUGUGUUCCAAAUGGCAAAGCGUUUGAUUCCACUGUUCAAUCGUGUUUUGGUGGAGAAAAUCGUGCCUCCAUCAAAGACCAACGCUGGCAUUUUGUUACCAGAGAAAUCCUCCAAGCUGAAUUCCGGAAAAGUUAUUGCUGUUGGCCCUGGCAUUCAUAGUAAGGAUGGAAAGCUAAUUCCAGUGGCUGUAAAUGAAGGUGACACUGUUCUUUUGCCUGAGUAUGGGGGAACUGAGGUGAAGCUUGACAACAAAGAGUAUCAUCUCUACAGAGACGACGAUAUUCUCGGGACACUGCACGAUUGAUGUUAAACUCAUUGGCAAAUGUUGCUGUAGCAAUUUAUAUGCUUGGUGUUUUGUUACGUUUGAACUAAACAAUUUCUUUCUAUGCUAGUUUAAUUAGAAUUUGUGGAGCCAAACACAUUUAAUUUUCUUGGCUGAAAACGAAUCAAGAACGUUAUUUCCUGCUAUAACAGAGGAAAACUAUUUUGUUGCUGCUAAAAUGUGUUGUCUUACAUUCUUCGGUGUUCUGUUUUGUGGCUUGGUUAAAAGAAUUUAUUGUUGUCA